AUGCAGCAACAACUCUUGCAGCUACUUUUCCUUCUCGAAGGUUCCCGGGAAGUCUUUGCUGCCUGUCCAACAGUAACUCUCGACUUCAUUGUGCAGGCAGAUGAUGCAUUGCUGGCAGCAAUCGAAGAUGAUGUGCGCUCAGACCUUGCCAAGCUGAAUAUUCAGGUGAACACGCGCUUGCUCGCGAAGGAAGACUUCAACUCGAACGUGACCGCCGGAAGCUUCAACCUUUGCUUCUCUGAGACUUGGGGGCCACCCUACGAUCCCCACAGCUAUGCAGCUGCCUUCGAUUCCCCGAAUGAGCCCUAUGGUGCAGCGUUAAAGGGGAUGCAGCCACCAUUGACGCAAGAGCAGCUCAAUACGAAGGUUUCGAAUGUACUGCUUCAGGAAGACCUACAGCUAAGGGAAGCGCAAUGGAGAGAGAUUUUGUCCGGGGUUCAUGAGCAAGCCAUUAACCUGCCUUUUUCAGGGAAGCGCAUCCCAACAGUCUUGAACAAGCGUUUGACAGGUUAUGUGCCGGGGCAACAGCAAUUUGAGUAUCCAGUGCAUACUUUGCGAGUUCUUUCUGGCAGCUCAACCAUCACUGUUGCACCCGGGGCACAGACCGGGCUGUUUGACACGAUUGGCCGUUUGGAUCCCCACACGUACCGCCCCAACGAAUUCUUCUCCAACAACUGGGUCUAUGAGGGGCUCGUGCACUAUGGAGCGGGUGGUGUGCCUGAGCCAGCGCUUGCAGAGUCAUGGACCAUCACUGAUUUGCCUGAUGGUGGACAGGAAUACCGCUUCAUGCUGGCCCAAAACGUCUUCUUCCACGAUGGCCCCGAAUUCAAUUGUACAGUUGCAAAGCUGAACUUCGAUCAUGUCCUUGCCAAACCAUUGACCACACCUGGCUGGCAUGGUUGGUACGACUUGCCAAAGCAAGUGAGAACAUGGAGUUGUGCAGGAUCCCAUGAGUUCGUCCUAACCACGCGCGACACAUACUACCCUUUGUUGCAAGAGCUGACAUAUAUCCGUCCUUUGCGAAUGCUUUCCCCUACGAUGUUUGCCAGUGGCAUUUCAACGAGCCCAGUGACGGAAAACUCGUGUCAUGCAGCUUGGGGGACCAUUUCUGGGCUGGGAGAAGACAUCACAUGUGCUGGCAUCCGGGGCAUUUCAGGGACAGGACCAUGGAAAUACAUGGAAACCCAGCCCAACGGGGACGUGCAGUUUGAGAGGCACGGCACCGUCACUGGGUCUCAGGUUCAAAAGAUCAUCGUGAAGAAGUAUUCCAGUCACUCAGAGGUCAUGGCCGCCCUUCUGGACGAAAGUCUUGAUGCUGUACUGGGUGGAGGUGUACUUGAGCCGGCAGACUUCGACACCAUCCGGACCACUCAUACCGCAAAGCUGCAGUCAUUUCUGGGCCCACCCAUCAUGAACCGCAUCAUCGUCAUGAACUCGAACAAGUCUCCCACCGAUGACCUGAACCUUCGGAAAGUCAUUAUGCAUGCAGUGAACAAGGCUGCCAUCAUUGACAAAGAGCUCUAUGGCAUGGCGGAGCCCGUUGACAAGCUUUUUCCCAACAACGCACCAUACUGCGAUGUCGAUCUCACUCCUCGUUGGGACUACGACAGCCAAAAGGCUGAGCUCCUGUGGUGUCCUGCUCCUUCUCAGACCGAGAGCGACGACGCUUUAGUGAUUGUGCUGGUGGUUCUGGUGGUGCUGGCCAUCGUAGCGGCCGCAGUGGUGGCCCUGGUCGUUUACAAGCUCGGGAAGAAACGCGGAGCCAUGGAGCAAAAGCUGCUUCAGUCGAAAGAAGGUGAUCCGAAACCAGAGCCACUGGGUGAGUCUGCGCUGUGA